GGGAUGGAAGGGGGGAUUUCUUCGCGCGACCCGCCGGCGCGGCCUAGUUGUCCUCGCCACAGACCUUGAUGACCGGCGAGUUGUCGGGGUCGAGGUCGAAGUGGUUCCAUUCCACCGUGCCCAGGAUCUUCUCGGGCAGCGCUUCUUCGGAUUGACCCUCGAGGACGAAGGCGAGGUCCAUGACCAACGACUUCGAGCAGGACUUGAGGAUGCGCAACGCGCCGGCGGCCGUCGACGACGAACUUAGUCGCGAAAUGCCGCACCGAUUGCGGAGGAAUUUCCACAAACUCGAGCUUUUGGUCUCCACACAACCCGCGGCUCUCAUAACGCCGCAGCAGCACGGACCGCUCGAGCGGGUUCGCGAAGGCCAGCUUCACGGAGUCGUCGCCGCCCCGCUCGAGCUUGAAGUGCACCCGAUGGAGGCCACCAGUGUAAAAAUAACCGCGAAACACAACCCGUUUCGUAGCAAUAAGCACUCGCGAGUCGCUCGCCGUUUUGCUCACGACACGCAGCGCCUGCAGGUCGGUCGGGGGCACGAAGCCGCCGAUGGCGUCAAGGGCCCGGUGCGAGCCUAGGAUCAGACGCGGAUCACCGGCGUCCGACGCGUCCGCACUGUCGCCGUCCAUAAGAGUUGGGUCAGUCAGUCUGGAGUCAAAAACGUCGCGAGACUUAGACUCCCAGCCGACGAAG